UUUUUCAUGCCUGCAUAUAAAUUAUUCAUAUCUCUAGCUUUUUUCCUGCCCUAUCACACCACCUUUCACCCAACAGAGCUUCGUUUAAGUCACCGGUAAUUUCACAGAUUUUCUAUACAACCCCAUAACACUCUUCCCAUAAAAGGGUCACAAUUUUUUUUUUCUCAUAAAUUUUUUUCUCUGUUUGUUUCCCAAGAAAUUAAAAAGAUUCUCUGUGAGCUUAAAUAUUGAUUUGAGUUUGAGGUCUCCGAGUUUACAACGGUCAGCAUAAUCAGGAAAUGGUUAAAAGGUAUGGAGUGUUUUGAUUUGCGGAGAAUACCAUGUUGCAGUGCAUAGACGGAUUGAAGCAUUUUUUUGCAUCUUUACUGCUAUGCUGUGAUAUUGAUUUGUACAAGCAAUCCAGAGGUCUUGAUGAUCCAGAAAUUCUUGCUAGAGAGACAGUUUUUAGUGUAAGUGAAAUAGAAGCACUUUAUGAACUCUUCAAGAAGAUAAGCAGUGCUGUGAUAGAUGACGGGCUGAUUAACAAGGAAGAGUUUCAAUUGGCAUUAUUCAAAACAAACAAAAAGGAGAGCUUGUUUGCUGAUCGGGUAUUUGACUUGUUUGAUACAAAGCACAAUGGAAUUCUAGGUUUCGAAGAGUUUGCUCGUGCUCUCUCUGUCUUCCAUCCAAAUGCACCCAUUGACGAUAAGAUUGAGUUCUCUUUUCAAUUAUACGAUCUCAAGCAGCAAGGCUUCAUUGAGAGGCAGGAGGUGAAGCAAAUGGUAGUGGCUACCCUUGCUGAAUCUGGCAUGAACCUUUCAGAUGAUGUUAUAGAAAGUAUAAUUGACAAGACCUUCGAGGAAGCUGAUACCAAACAUGACGGGAAGAUCGACAAGGAAGAGUGGAGAAGCCUUGUUUUGCGACAUCCAUCCCUUCUGAAAAAUAUGACAUUGCAAUACCUCAAGGACAUCACGACAACAUUCCCGAGCUUUGUUUUCCACUCACAAGUUGAUGAUACCUGAAAUUAGCAGUUGUACUCAAGCUUCGUAAACUCUUGAUUAUGGCUUGUUUCAUUGUAGACAAGAUGGCUGUUUCAAAUAUAGAUGGCCCAAGAGUGAGUUUCUGUGAUGUUUUGGUUCAUUGGUUAAAAAAUUUUUGUUGUGUGUGUCCAUAUUCAACUGUUGAACAUUCUUCUCAGUGUUUUUGGUCGAUUGGCUCUUCAAGGCAUGCUGAAGUGUUUUGCUUGUAUUUUUCUCUAUGUCUAUGGUGUUACAAUGUAAAAAAUCUGUGUCCAUUUGAAAUUUUUUUCUAACAUAACUUGCAAUAUGGAAUCCUUGUUGUCGAUGUAAAACUUGAAUGUGGCAAAUGAUCAAAUCAGUAGCAGUUUCUGUGAGAUUCCACCUUCUAUUCAAUUGCAUAACUGGUUCUAUCAUCUAACUGUAAGCCUGGAAAAUUUUUUCCACAUCAAAAUUAGCAUAUUGACGCGGAAAAAACCGUGGCAAUACAGGAGAUUUCGAGAAGCACCUAGUUUGAAAAUAAGAGAAGGGAUUGCAAAAUAAGAGAAAAGAUUGG